AUGAUUUCUGUGGGGACUAGGGAUGCGAGGAAGGAGCUAGGGUUAGGGUUUGGUGGUGGGAGAGAGAUGGAGGAUACUGAGCUUGAAGAAGGCGAAGCUUGUUCUUCCCAUAUCAAUGAAUACGAUCCCAACAUCGACCCUGAUGUUGCUCUCUCUUACAUCGAUGAUAGGAUUCAAGAUGUUUUGGGACAGUUUCAGAAAGAUUUUGAAGGUGGGGUUUCUGCAGAAAAUUUGGGGGCAAAGUUUGGUGGGUAUGGCUCAUUUUUACCUUCCUAUCAGCGGUCUCCAGUGUGGUCCCAUUCGAGGACUCCACCAAAAGUUCACAACUACAGCUUACCCAAAUCCCCUUACAACGUGAAACUUGAGGGUGGUCAACGUAACAAUGUAGUUUGUCAUACUACGCCUCAGUCAGUGGGGCUUGGGCCUGCUUCAACGGGUUCCACUUCGCUGGUUGCACCAAAGGUGCCAUCAGCGAACGAUCCAGUCAAACAAGAAGGAAGCAUGUCAUUAGAUCUAGCUGACCAGUAUGCUCCUCGACAUGAAUCUGCAAACAAGAAAGCUAUUAGUUUAUCAGACCAGAAAACACUGAAGGUGCGAAUUAAAGUGGGAUCGGAUAACUUGUCGACACGAAAAAAUGCUAUCUACAGCGGGCUUGGCCUUGAUGGCACACCGUCUUCCUCGCUAGAUGAUAGCCCUUCCGAUAGUGAAGGAAUAUCUCAUGAGCCUCAGGAUGCCCUAUUUGAAUCUCCCACCAGUAUUCUUCAGAUUAUGACAUCCUUUCCGGUGGACGAGGGUAUGAUGUCACCUCUUCCUGACGACCUAAUUUACUUAACUGAAAAGGAAAAGCUCCUAAAAGAGGGUAGAUCUGUGACUCGUCCAAGGGAUAGCUGGGAAACGUCUGGCUCCCUAGUGAAUGGAACUCAUACCAUGGAGGGUGGUGGGAAAUUGUCAGGGCAGAGGAAAACAAAAUCUGCUGAAAGAAAUGAUUUUUCAGCAGAAUCAAAGAAUGGGAAUAAUAAGGAUGGAAUUGGGCUCCUGUCAAAGAAGGAACAUGAUGUGGACGCGUUUGCUUGUGAGGAGCUUGUUUCUAAAACCUUGCAGCUCCCACUUCUAUCCAAUUCAUUUGCUACUGUCAAUGACGUGAUAAGGAGCAAAGAACUGGAUAAGAAAUAUUUAUUGAAGGAUGGUCAAGUAGAAGAUGAAUCAAUGGACCCAAUGUCCAACCAAGAGGAUGCCUGGGUUGAAAAGCGAAAAUCCAUUUUGGCUGGAAAGGUUCAGGAAGAUAGAAAAGUAAGUUCCAGCGAUGAUGUUUUGGUUCAUCCAAAGAAAGAGGGCCCUUGUAGACGAGAGAAAACUUAUGAAUCAGUGAAAGGUGACUUAAAUGUUUCUAAAGGGAGGAAAGCUUUAAAUACUGAAGUCAUGGACCAUUCAAAGCAGAAGGUCAAUCAGAGGGCCACAUCCCAUGAGGUAGAUGAUACGAGACUAGUUUCUGGGAAGGAGUAUCCAUUACCUGCAGAGAAAAAGAAAUCGAAGGAAGGUCACAGGACCCUGGUUGCAGAGUUGCCAAAAGAAAGCUCGAGGGUUGGUUCCUCUUCAGGUCCCAAAAUGAAGAGCACUCAUGUGAACAAUUCUAAUACUGAUCCAGAAAACUUCAAACUAUGUAAAGAUAUUGAUAAAAUCAGGGAUACAGACAGAGGUUUAUUUGGGGAUACUGAUGACGGGAACCAAAUGGAAUUAUUUGAGUUUCCUUCUGAAGAUAAGCUUAAGGACUCCGAUACUGUUGCAAAAAGCACAUCUGCAGUUAACAGUGGAUCAAGGGAGAGACCAAGUGGCAAGAAAAUCGAUAAACCAUUAACUUCAGCUUCAAAUAUAGCCCCACGCUUUGGAAAUGGACCAAUUUUUGCUGCAACUCCUGCUGCAGGGGCUCCUGCACUCAUAGAAGAUAAUUGGGUAUGUUGUGACAAGUGUCAGAAAUGGCGGCUUCUUCCACAUGGUACAAACCCGGACAACCUACCUGAAAAGUGGCUGUGUAGCAUGCUUAAUUGGCUGCCUGGGAUGAAUCGGUGUAGUGUAAGUGAGGAGGAAACAACAGAAAAAACGAAAGCUCUAAUUGCGCAGUGCCAAGUUCCUGCCCCUGAGAGCCAAAAUAAUGUGCCCAGAAAUCCUGGUGGGUUUAUGGAAGGAGAGGCAUUGCCUAAGUCUUGGAACCCUGACCAAAACCUCGAAAGUUUUGGUUUGCAUGCCAUGCCUAGUGGCGGAAAGAAAAAAAAUGGACCAAAAGAAUUGUCAAAUGCAUCUAAUAGAGAUGGUUCCGUUCAGUUGCCAAACUCCAUGAAGAAAAACUUACAGGCAUCAGUGAAGAGUAGAAGCUUGAAUGACGUGAACCAGUCUCCAUUGCUAAGUGAAUUAGAUUUGCAGCAGCUAAGCAAAUCCAGUGACAUGGCAGUGGAGAAACGAAAGCAUAAGUACAAAGAGAAGCAUAAAGUUUUAGAGCCCUCUACCAAUGGAGAAACAGGUGAUAUCAUGAAUUUAAAGAUCAAGAGCAGAAGAGACUCCGAUCCAGAUUCUUCUAGAGCUUCCAAGAAAAUCAAGACUGAAGUUAAGCGUAUUACAGAUGAAGAAUGGGCGUCAGACUACAGUGUGGCAGUUGGGGAGGUAGGUCCUAGCUCAAGUAGUGGUUUUCGGACUGCUGCAGCAGGGAAGGAUCAAAUUAAGAAUAGGCCACAGGCAAUUACAAAAGCAAAAGAUGAAGUUUUAGAUAAUCGAUCCUUAGAUACGGGAACUUGUGAUUCUAAAGGUAGAUCAAAAAAGAGAAAAGUGAAGGAAUUCCCCGAUACUCAAAUUCAUAUGGGUUCCAUUCCUGCUACAGGGAGCUAUGUGCAGGAUCGUUCAGUCGUUGCAAAGGAGGAGUUUAGUGAGAAUGACUACAGGAAGGAAAAGAAGGCAAGGGUAUCUAGAUCUGACGGGAAAGAGUCUAGUGCAAGCAAAGGAAGUGGUAGAACAGACAAAAAAAACAGCCAUACAAAGAAUCAACAACUUAGAAAAGAUAUAAGUAGUGGUCUAACUCACCGGAGUAGGAAUGGUACGGAUUCUUCGAAAAAAGAUUUGGGAUCUGUACAGGUUCCUAUGGCUGCCACUUCAAGCUCUUCCAAAGUUUCUGGUUCCCAGAAAACCAAAUCCAGCUUUCAGGAAGUUAAAGGUUCACCCGUAGAAUCUGUUUCAUCAUCACCUAUGAGAAUCUUGAAUCCUGAAAAGCUUACAUCAGUACACAGGGACCUCAUGGGAAAGGAUGAGGCACAAGAUGCUGGUCAUUUUGCAAUAGGUAGCCCAAGAAGAUGCUCGGAUGGUGAAGAUGAUGGUGGGAGUGAUCGAUCUGGGACAGCAAGGAGGGACAAAUUUUCCACACUGGCUAAUCAUGGGUCCCUUGAUUCUUCUGUGCUUGAUUUUCAGGACAGAGAUUCUAAUCACAUAUCUGGUGGUAAAGCUAGAGGACUGGUUGUCCCAUCGCCUGAUAUCACAAAUGGUCUUUCUGUUAAUGGUAAUUCAGGCCAAGAUACUCGGUUCCCUAGUAAACCAUUGGCUUCAAAUCAAUUUGGUGGUGAAGACAGAGAUAAUGGCAACCAUUAUCAUGGUAAUGGUUCUCGCCCAAGAAAGUCAGGGAAGGAUUUCUCUUCUUCACGGUCGAAGGACAAGAAUGGAGGGAGCUUUGAGUCUGAUUUGGAUAUGGGUGAGGGCAAGAAUUCUAAUGUUUUCAAUGAACUGCAAGAUCAUUCACCGUCCCAUGGAAUAAAACCAAGGGAUGGUAAAAACAAGUUGCAGGAGAAAUUUGGGCUCAAGUCUGGUGAAACUGAGAACAAAAAUGUCGGCAAGAAAGGUUUUACUGGAAAACCCUCCAAUGAGAGUAGUAAAAGGGAGAGUCAGUCAAAUUUAAGGGGUAAUGAUGGCCCAGAUGUUAGACUAGAUGCUAUUUGCAAAAAAGAUGCAAUUUCUACUCUCAAGCAGCAUUCGCUGCAAGACUGUGAUAGUGAAAGGCCUUCAAGGAGGAUUCCUUCAGAAAAAACCGAUCGAGUGGAUACAGGCUCAAUUAGGGGGAAGUCACUACCGUUGCCACCCUCCGGAGGAGCUCAAAAUGAGAUGACAACUCGUUGCCCCCGACCAGCUUCUGGUUCUCACAAAAGCAAUGGAGCAGAUAGUAUACAAGUUGAUGCCUCUGAAGGUAAUAAUGCUGUGAAGGUGCAAGUACAGACCAGAAAGGCUGAUAAUCAGAAUGGAACUCAGCAUAUCAGUUCAAGACAUCUUACACAGAAUGGGCACAGGGCCAGUCUUGAUGCCCCUAGUCCAGUCAGAAGGGACUCCAGCAGCCAGGCUGUUACAAAUGCUGUGAAAGAAGCUAAAGAUUUAAAACACCUUGCUGAUCGUCUCAAGAACUCUGGGUCAUCUGAAAGUACGGGUCUUUACUUCGAGGCAGCUGUCAAAUUUCUUCAUGCAGCAUCUCAGUUGGAAUUGACUAACAGUGAGGGCGCCAAGCAUAAUGAGAGCAUGCAAAUGUAUAGUAGCACUGGAAAACUAUGGGAGUUUUGUGCUCAUGAAUACGAGAAAGCCAAGGAUAUGGCUGCUGCUGCUUUGGCCUACAAAUGCAUGGAGGUGGCUUAUAUGAAGGUGAUAUAUAUCUCACAUGCCAGUGCAAGCAGAGAUCGUCUUGAGUUGCAAACGGCUUUACAACUGGUUCCUCCUGGUGAAUCUCCUUCUUCCUCUGCCUCUGAUGUUGAUAACUUGAACAACCCCUCAACGGUAGACAAGGUUGCCUUACCCAAGGGUGUUAGCUCUCCCCAAGUUGCUGGAAACCAUGUUAUUGCUGCCCGAAACCGUCCCAAUUUUCUCAGGAUGCUCAAUUUUGCUCAGGACGUAAAUUUUGCAAUGGAAGCAUCAAGAAAAUCACGGAUUGCUUUUGCAGCUGCUAAUACAAACGUGGGAGACGCUAAUCGUUCAGAAGGCAUCUCUUCCAUUAAAAGGGCUCUUGAUUUCAACUUCCAUGAUGUGGAGGGAUUACUACGUUUGGUGCGGCUCGCGAUGGAUGCCAUUAGCCGUUGA